AAAAAAUAGCGACUAUGCGUAUCCCCUCUAUUCUUCUCAUUUCUGUGAUUUGCAUAUACUCUCAUGACAUUCGAGCGGUUGAUAAUAACCUUGACAAUGGUCUUCAAGCUGGCAAUAUAAUUGCGGACGAAAUAAAUGCAGGAGAAUUUCUAAGCAUAGUUGGUAAAGCAGCCAAAAUCGCUGUUCCAUUUUUUAGCACAAUUUUUGAUGUUACAAAGCUGAUUUUCGGAAUAGGACAAACAGAGUCACCAGAGCUACAAUAUCUUCGACAGUUUUCGGAAACAGUUAAUCUUAGGUUUGAUCGAGUGGAUGCCCAGUUUUCAGAUAUUAAAAGACUUAUUAACUGGUCAACAGUUCAAGUUACUUACACUGAUAUUGAAAGCAGAAUAAUAGCAGUCUCUGAUGCACUUAAUAAUAUGUACAAAGUUCCAAAACUUGCAAUAGAUGCACAGAAGCAAAUCUUUAUCACUAGUUACGAAAGUGGCUAUCAAGAUAGUGGAAUAAAACUAUAUAAAGGCUUUAUGAAUGAAGGUAAUGUAUUUGGUACAGGACUUCUUGGACCAGCUAUGCAAUAUACAGAGCCUGAUCGAGGUAAAAUGAGGAUUUUUAUGCUUGGCAUACUUAGAUUACUUUUCAUGGCAGCCAAGCUAGAGUUUGAAUAUUUCGCAAUUAAAGGAUUCAGUGGAGGCAUUGUUCCAUUCUAUGUCCAACAAUGGCAAACUCGUUUAGAGAGAGUUCAAGCUAAGAUGUUAGUAACUGACCAAGAUGUAGCAUCAAAGUACAAUUCACAGUUUUUGUUAGAUAUUGAAUCAUUUGCAACUUUGAACUCUUCGUUAGGAAAUGAAGAUUUCAGUCGAGGCCUAUACAAAAAACUCUCUGACAAGUACUUCUGGCGAGACUGGUUGGUAAUAAUUUCGACUCCAUCCAGCCGUAACAGAGCAUGUUAUCACAUGUGCAAUGGGUUUGCCAAACAACUACAUAACAGAGACAUAGCCGUUGCUAGUGUUGAUCGUCAAAAAACACCCAUAAACAAGACCGAAGUUGAUACUUUGGUAAGUUCGUUGAGACAAACAUGUGCCAGCAAGACAAAGACGAGUGGUGGGUGUGGAUUAAGUUUCACGACAUACCCCAAAGCAGAUGAAAUGUAUAGCUGGAUUACUCCGAGAAUACGAACAAAUUGCUUAUCAGUAUACGCUGCUGUUGGGACAUCAGGUAGGCAACUAUUCAUUAAUCUAAGCAAGCGAAUAAUAGGGGCUUGUGGAAAACGUUUGUAUCUCGAGAAUGAUGAAAGCAAAAGAUUUCAAUCUAGUACGAACCGAAGAUACACCGCCUUGCCUAAGAGACUAUACAUAUCACACUUAAACUGCGGAGAAGUUUUUUUCUUUGGGUAGUGUCUAUCCUGUUGCAGUGUUUCCUUUGUAAUAUGUUUUUGAAAACAGUUUCUUCAAUUCCGAAUUUUUUGUGAAUUGUGUUUUUAAAAAAAAGUUGGAACGAUAUUACGUAAUAAAACAUGAAUGAUAUAUUGAUUAGUGCAUACUGUUUUUUUUUCAUAAUGAAGAAGAAAUUUAAGGCGUCUAAUACAUGUGUACUACUGGAAAAGAUCACACAAUUGAGUUUAUUCAAGUCAUAUAUUUGUGUAUAAUUAUUAUAACAAAAUUUAAACAGAACUGUAAUACACCAGUAUUUUUACUGAUGUCGUUGUUUUAGUUAAUUGGGAUAUAUUUCGAAAUAUCGAAUUACUUACAUAUAUAGCAUGAACGAUACGAACAGUUUUAUCCUGCAAUACCCUCUUGCUUUGACCACAAAAGGUAAGCUAAGAAGCAAUGCUUUAUUUGCCAUAAAUACACUAUAGACUUUAUUUAAGAAAUAUAAAACAAUGUUAAAAAGUUCUCUGGGAGAUAAACUUUUAGUUUGUCACGUAAUCAAAUCCUUUGAAGCCUGAAGG